AUAUAUGAAUGUUUUCAAAAUCAUUGAUGCAAGGUGGACGGAUCAACUUCAUCAACCUUUACAUGCAUCAGGACAUAUUUUGAACCCGGGGCUCUAUUAUAAAAGUAAUGAGAUGAAGACUUUAACUGAAAAAGUGUGGUUGGGAUAUCAUGCAUGUGUUGAGAGGAUGAUCCUAGAUAAAAAACUUUGCAAGACAAAAUAGGGGAUGAGCUUGGUGUGUACAUGAAAGCUGAUGGGCUACUUGGAAUUGAGUCGACCAUUAGAGCUAGAACCUUAAGGUCACCAGUUGAAUGGUGGAUGCAAUAUGGUCAUAAUGUCCCAAACUUGCAACAAUUUGCUAUUAGAGUGCAAAGUUUAACUUGUAGCUCAUCCGGUUGCGAGAGAAAUUGGAGCGUGUAUGAACAUAUUCAUACUAAAAAGAGAAACAGGCUUGAGUUAAAACGCCUGAAUGAUCUAGUGUUCAUCAAAUAUAAUAGAACAUUGGUGCGUCGCUACAAUGCUCGCAAUACCAUUGAUCCAAUUUUGUUGGAUAAUAUUGAUGAUGCAAAUGAAUGGUUAACUGGAGCACCCCAAAAUCAUGAAGAUGAAGAAGUAUAUGAAGGAGAAGGUCUCACUUAUGGUGAUGUUGCUACGGCUAGUGGUGUGGAGGAGAAUAUUUAUGGUUUUAGGGCGAGUACUUUAAGGGGCAAGGAAAAAAGAGUAGCUACAGGUUCAAGUUCAUGUUCAAAUAGAAGUAGAACUCUUGUUGAUGAGUCCUCCGAUGAGGAAGAAGAUGAGGACCAAGUAGAAGUAGAACCCUUGUUGAUGGCACUUCAAGAGUUUGAGGAUCUUGUUGAAGAAUAGGAUUUUUCUCUCUUUGUGAUUUGGUUAUGCAUUUGCUUUAUAUGUUGUUACUUAUGAGGAUUAUUGACUAUCUAGUUACUUUUUAAUCUAAUUCUUUUGAGUUCUUGAUUAUUUAUCUAUGCAUAUUUUAUAUUUUAUAUUUUUAUACUAAAUAACGUUUUUUCUGAAAAAAGCAUGCGCUUCGCUUCACGCUUUUCGCUUCUGUGAAGCGAGCCCCCGUCGUUUUUUUCCGCUUCUCGCUUCUCAAAACACUGGUAUCCGUCUUUGGGGGGCAGACUUACUCUCAUAAACUCUACUCUUGAUGC